UACCUAAAGAUGAGAAACCAAACAGCAAUUACGUCCUUCAUCUUGCUGGGACUAACAGAUGACACGAGGCUACAAGUUCUACUUUUUAUUUUUCUGUUUCUUUCUUAUAUUUUGAGUGCAUCUGGGAACCUAACAAUCAUUGCCCUCACUCUCACUGACUCUCAGCUUAAAACACCCAUGUAUCUUUUCCUCCAAAAUUUUUCCUUUUUAGAAAUUUUAUUCACAACUGCCUGUGUUCCCAGAUUCUUAUACAGCCUGUCAUCUGGGGACAAGUCCAUUACCUAUGGUGCUUGUGUCAGUCAGCUGCUGUUUAUAGACCUCUUUGCAGUAACAGAAUUUUUUCUCCUGGCCAUCAUGUCCUACGAUCGCUAUGUGGCCAUCUGUAAACCACUGCAUUAUAUGACCAUCAUGAACAGCAGAGUCUGCAAGAACUUCAUUCUCUUCUGUUGGGUAACAGCUCUGGUCAUCAUUCUCCCACCAAUAGGCCUGGGCUUAGGCCUGGAAUUCUGUGACUCAAACAUCAUUGAUCAUUUUUGUUGUGAUGCAACUCCUAUGCUGAAGAUCUCUUGCUCAGACACAUGGUUGAUAGAACAGAUGGUGAUAGCGUGUGCCGUGUUGACCUUUAUCAUCACCCUCAUUUGUGUAGUUCUCUCCUACAUUUAUAUCAUCCGGACUAUUCUGAGAUUCCCCUCUGCCCAGCAAAGGAAAAAAGCCUUUUCCACUUGUUCCUCCCACAUGAUCGUUGUUUCCAUUACAUAUGGCAGUUGCAUCUUCAUUUAUGUCAAACCGUCAACCAAUGAUGAAGUGGCUACUAAUAAAGGAAUUUCACUUCUUAUUACUUCAAUUUCACCGAUGUUGAAUCCAUUUAUUUACACCCUAAGAAACAAGCAAGUAAAGCAAGCUAUUAAUGAUUUAAUUAAAAAAGUCACAUUCCUUUCAAAGGUUUAA